CGGGCUCCACAGUCACCAAGGAAGAAAACAAGGUGCCUCCAAGCGAUGCCUGUGCUGUCACCUGCCCUGACUGUUCAUACCUGUGCAGGGAACCCGAGCCAGCCAGCCUGCGCGCGGACUCCAGCCGAGCAGACGCGGGGUGCGAGUGCCAGGCCUUGGAGCUAGCAGUGAGCUGAGAGUUGGUCACAGCACUCAGUCAUUCACUCCAGAGACACUGAAGGACAUUGCCUGGCCAUGCCAGGUUCAGGCAGCUGGGGCUGGAGGAAGGUGCGCCCACAGCAGCCCAGCAUGGAAGGCACUGCUGCAGAAGCAGCAAGGUGGAGUGGUUCACCAUCCCAAGUUCCCCCCAGCCCAUUGCAGAGCAGGGGCAGCACAGACACAGAGGUGGAGGACCGCUGUCCCAUCUGUCUGGACAGCUGGAGGGAGCCCAGCUUUGUGAUGCCGUGCCUGCACUGCUUCUGCUAUGCCUGCAUCCUGCGGUGGGCCGACAACAAAACCCAGUGCCCCUUGUGCAAGGGGGAGAUGACCUCCAUCCUGCACUCACUGCGGGCAGAUGAUGAUUUUGAGGAGCAUGCCAUCAUUCCACCCGUGACACCACCAGUAGUCCACCCAGCAAGAAGAGCUCACAGAGAGCCAGAUGCUCCCAGCCUCCAUCGCCCUGGAGCACAUCAGUGGUGGGUGACAGCGAGAGAUGUCCAGCAUUUCAUGGGUGGCUUCCAGCUCCCGAACUGGAUGAGCUGUUUCUCUGCCAACUCAGCAAUACAACAGACCAUGCACUUGUGGUUCUGUCAGAGCUUGGAGAUGCUGUUUGAAACAGCAACAUCCGGGGCCCAGCACACACACGUCCCUGAGCAGCAGCAUUGCAGGGACAAUCACCACCUGCCACACCAGUGGGACACCCAUGGUGACACAGGGCAGGAGGACAGCUCCUCAUCUCUUACCCCUGGUCCAGCAAGAUCCUGUGUAGAUGAGAUGCCUAGCACCUCAUCUAGUGCCAUUGGUUGGGGUCCAAGUACACACCCCUCUGCUUCCACUACCAUCCAUGUGGAACAAGAGGAGGAACCAGACAGGCUGUGCCCAGGCCCUCCUAAUUUCAUUAGGGACAAUGAUCCUUCAGCUGGGGGACCCCACCAACCACAAAAAAAGAGGGUCAGUAGCCCCAAAGGCUCUCCAUCUCGCAGGAGGCAUCGUCACUGAGACUGGAGGGUGCCUCCAUAAAUCAGUAUCAGCUCCUGCCAAGGAGCCAUUAUUGGAAUCACAGAAUAUGCUGAUCCAUCACAAUCAUUGAGCUCAACUCCUGGCCCUGUGGAGGAGACCCCAGGAAUCCCACCAUGUACCUGACAACAUUGUUAAAAUGCUUCUUGAACUCAGAUAGGCUUGAUGCUAUCACUUGGUCCAGUGAUCAACUACCCUUUGUGUGAAAACCAUUUUUCCUGAUAUCCAACUAAACUGAUAUCCCCCAUAGCUUCACAUAAUUUCUUUGAGUCCUGCUACUGGUCACAAGAAUGAAGAAAUCUCAGUACCUGCCCCUUUGCUUCUCCUCAUAAGGACAUUGAAGACCACAAUUAAGUCUUGCCUCAGUCUUCUCAAGGCUGAAUAAUAGUUAUAUAUAGUUAUGUAUAUAUAUACACACACAUAGAUAGAUUGAUAGAUAGUUAUAGUUACAUAGUAACAUAUUCACACAGUUUUCAAAAUAAAUUACUUUUUCUUCCAAAAAUGGGUAAUUACAGUCUUUUCUAGGCACAUGUAAUGCAGAUGAGAGUACAAACAGAAGCACUUGCCACCUCUUUUCAUCCUUCUUUCACCACUGGACAAAAGACACAAAAUAUCAAUAUACAAGAGGAUCUUCCCUCCCUGACAGAACCCCUUUGCUCUUUAUUUUUCCCAAAGCUAUGUAGUGCACCAAGCAGCCUCUGCCAAAACCCUUGAAGACACUAAGUAGACCUCCAAAAAGGCAAAAUAAGGAGGAUCUAAAACAACAGUACUUAUCUGCAAAGCAACCUGCUAACUGAGCUUUACGGGUUGGUCUCUACUUACAAGUGCACUUCAAAGCAGCCUUUCCCCCACAUCCCUUUUCUGCUAUGCUAAGACAACACAAAGAUCUGCAUCACUCAGCUGCUGGUCCCUGUGGGUACCACUGUGGCACGUGCUCUCUGCACAUUAAAGCACUAACUAGUUUCACACAUUUGUUGCAGAGUUUCACCAGAAAUGCCAUUUAGGUACCUAUCAGAUAGGAAAGAAUAACCAAAAUUUAUUGGUUUUCUUCCUCUGUGUACUACAGUUGGUCACAUGAGAGUGAAGUGCUCUUUCCAGCACGGCCUAGACUGGGCACAAAUCUGUUCAUGGAGUCGCUCAAAAGACCAGCUUCAGACUAGGAAAAAAAAAAAAAAAACCAAA